GCCAUUCGUAUUGCGUUGAGUGCCACAACAACUACACAGCUGUGGUCCCCGCCAGGGUGAUCUUCAAUUGGGACCUUCGGCAGCACGCAGUCGCUGACGCCAAUAGAGACUGGCUCCUCAGUUGCAUCGACGAUCCCAUGAUUGAUAUCCGUGCCGCCAACCCUCGUCUCUACGAGCACGUCGAAGAGCUCGAUAGACUACGGACUCUUCGAACGCAGCUGCUGUACUUGCGAGCUUACCUCUUUACCUGUUCAUCUGAGAGCGAAGCUGCCGAUACGCUCCGCAGCAUGUUCAAGUCGAGAGAGCAUUUCUACGAACACGUGCACCUCUACAGCGUUUCGGACUUAUUGUUGGUAGCACGUGGUGGACUGUUGUUCGAAGUACAGGAGGCCGUUUGCUUCUCAGAACUACAUGUCAGGGACUGCAAGCGUUGCACCGCUCGUGGAUUUGUGUGUGAAGUAUGCCGCUCUAAUGACGUCAUCUUCCCAUUCCAGCUUCACAUUGCCCAAACCUGUCCGGACUGCUGCGCCGUGUACCAUCGCUCGUGCGCCCCGCGGCUCACCGACUGUCCACGCUGCGUGAGGCGACGACAGCGGCGCUUGAAAGAGCGAGACGAUUUCGAAGAAGAAAAUUAUUCAGCACUGGACCACCUUGAGAACGAAAAUCUACCAGUUGAAAAGAACGACCAACAUGAUAUUGGAGAGAAAUGCGAUAAUACGUUGACUUCUAAAGAAUUAAAGAGUCAAGUACAGGCUCAAGAAGUUGAAAAUUUUGAUGUUAGUGCGGAACCAUGUGAUGUGGAAGAAGAUGCAGAUUCUAUAUACUCUGGCGUUUUGCACAGCUAAAUGAGAUCCUUGUUCAUAGAAUACCUGAUUUUUUCAAGAUUGUUUUGUACCCAACGCUCGUCUACAAGCCAAACCAAUGAUCACGGCGUCUGCAGCGGCGUCACAUUAUUUUUCAACGCGAUUUUAUAAUUAAAUAAUUAAUUAAUCUUCUGAGAUUGGCAUUCAUUUCAUUAACUCGUGACGUGCACUGUUUGCUUAACUAUUACGUUUCUCAAGCUCGUUACAGUAUUUUCUCAAAUUCCUACCUGCGUUCGUAAUUUGCGAUGAUAUUGCUAUUUAUUCCAUGUUCGCUUAACACGUAUGUGUGCUGUUUACAAAGAAAACAAUAUAUGCGUGAUGUUUUCUUUCACCGUCAUCUAACGAGACUCGAUUCUAUGCCCGAGAACAGGCGUUCCUAAAGUGACUGAAAGAAUUUGUACAAUUUCAAAUUAAGUUCUGCAUUUUUUCGCAUAACUCGUUGUCGAAAAGCGAGCUUUGAAAACAACUUUUGUGUGCCUUCAAUGAUGUGACUAGCUUCGUAUGUAAAUAUUCUGUGGACGAAAUGUUUUUUCAAUAAGUUUGGAUCAUCGCAUUUUCGUGAAAUUUUAUUGGACUUCAAUUUGUCCUACUUCUCUGACGGGGAAUCGAAAUUUGUACUCCUCCUUACUUUUGGAAUGAAAAUAUUCAUAUAACUGCACGAGCUUACUUGAUCUAUGAAACUCUGAGUCAAGUUUUUCGUUGGGUUUUUCCGAUGUCAGCUAACCGUAAUGCAUAGAUUCUUUUAUGAAUGCAUCACUAAAAUAAUGAUGCAAAGUGGAGGUGACGAAACUAUGAUGACCUCACAUCAAUAUAUGCUGUAUUUCUGUGAUUUAUAUUAUAUGGGAAACUAAUGGAAC